UGAUUGAUUUGGUUAAUUUUUCCACUUCAAUGAUGACAAUUGACUCGACGAUUAUAAUUUUCUAAUCAAUCAAUCAGUCAACCAAUUGUUCCAUUAACACUGAUUGUGAUUCUAUUUGUCUACAUGUAGAUUCGUAUGUUAAAUUAAUAUGAUUGUGUUUUAAAUCAUCUGGUUGAUUUUUUUUUGUUUCUCUUCACAUGAAAACGCCUUUUCCUUUUUCUCAUUGAUUCCAAUCAUUAAUUCAUUUCUAUUUAUCAUCCGGUUGUUUAUUCUUCAUCUUUCCAAUUUGUAUUCAAUUAAUCAGCUUCUUUUCAUUGAUUAUCUUUAGAAAAUAUUCUAUUUGGAGAAUUAUGGAUUUAGAUUCGUUUGUUAAUGUGGAAAAUGGUGAUCCUGUUGCUGAUUUUAUUGCCAGAGAGCAAAAUGUUCUAGCUGAGAUUGAAGGUGAUUUAGAUUUUACCGAUGAUCUUACUCAUCUAAGUCAAGAAAUCACCACUGAAUCUGAGACUAUUAUUCAAAAUGGUGAAAAUCUCAUCAAUUCCAAUGGUGAUAAUCUAUUCUCUGAAGAAAAUGAGGUGCCUUCAACAUUCGUCGACACUGAGAACAAUAAGACCGAAAGUGUUUUUGAUAAUCUUCCUGUUGUUGAGAAUGAGAAAAUCACAAGAUGGCGAAGUCAAAGUGUUAAACUUUUAAACGAAAGGGAUGAAGAGGAAGCCAAGAGAAUACAAGAGCUUAUUGAACAAGCUAAACAAGAAUUACAAGAUUGGUAUAGUCAAUAUAAUGACCAAUUGAAUAGAUUAAAAGAAAGUAACAGACAAGCUGAAGCCGAUUGGGUGGCUGAAAGAGACGCUGCAGUUCCUGGCAAAGAGUGGGAAAAAGUAGCUCGAAUGUGUGACUUCAAUCCUAAGCCCAAUCAGAAAAAUGUCAAAGACACUUCAAGGAUGAAAUCAAUUCUGUUACAAUUAAAGCAACAUCCACCCAAGGAAUCAACUCCCUCUGCAUAAUUUAAGCAAUUAUUUAUACUAAAAGCCGAAUACACAUCAGCCCACAAAAUAUACUCAUUCAAAGCUCUGUUCUUGCUACAGUUAACAGAAUUUCAAAGCCAAAUCUAUUCAGAUUAAACUGAUUAUCCAGAAAAAAAGAAUCACCUUAAAUCAAAUACCUCGAAAAAAAAACGAUGAAAAUUAAACCAAAUUCACAAGAGA